CCAGUGUAAAGCCAAGCUCAUCGCAGAAACCCGGCGGAGGUUCGAAGCUGAGUAUUUGACAGAUAAGUCAGAUAAAUAUGAUGCACGUGAUGUUGAAAGACUACAACAAGAUGAUAACUGGGUUGAAAGUUACUUAAUUUGGAGACAUAACGUCGUAGAUGAAACCUUGAAGAUGCUUGAUGAGAGUUUCCAGUGGAGGAAAGAAUUUGCUGUCAAUGACCUGAAUGAAUCCUCCAUUCCUAAAAGGUUAUUGGAAAUUGGUGGUAUUUAUCUCCAUGGUUAUGACAAAGAAGGGAACAAACUGCUCUGGAUCAAGGUGAAGUACCAUGUAAAAGACAACAAGACCGCGUUGGACAAAAAGAAGCUGAUAGCAUUUUGGUUGGAACGUUAUGCCAAGAGAGAAAAUGGGAAACCUAUCACAGUGAUGUUUGACCUAUCAGAAACUGGCCUUUAUAACAUAGACAUGGAUUUUGUGCGCUUUAUCAUCAACUGCUUUAAGGUUUAUUAUCCUAAAUACCUCUCAAAAUUGGUCAUCUUUGAUAUGCCUUGGAUAAUGAAUGCUGCUUUCAGAAUUGUGAAAACUUGGCUGGGUCCAGAAGCAAUGAGCUUGUUGAAAUUUACAAGUAAAAAUGAAGUCCAGGAGUAUGUCAGUGCAGAAUACCUGCCUCCCCACAUGGGUGGAACUGAUCCUUUCAAGUAUAGCUACCCACCUCUUGUAGACGAUGAUUUUCAGACCCCCUUGUGUGAAAAUGGGCCUGUUGCCAGUGAGGAUGAAACUUCCAGUAAAGAAGACAUAGAAAGUGAUGGUAAAGAAACCUUGGAAAUCAUUUCUAAUGAAGAACUGACCGUUCCAGUCAAAAAGAGUAGCCCAACGGAACAACCGAGUUCCAAAGCAGAAGAGAAUGAAAAAGUUGAUUCAAAGAUAAAAACUUUCAAGAAACCAUUGAGUGUGUUCAAAGGGCCCUUAUUACACAUCAGCCCAGCAGAAGAACUAUAUUUUGGAACUGCAGAGUCUGGAGAGAAGAAAACUCUAAUUGUGUUGACAAAUGUAACUAAAAAUAUAGUGGCAUUUAAGGUGAGGACAACCGCUCCAGAGAAGUACAGAGUCAAACCAAGCAACAGCAGCUGUGAACCUGGCGCGUCAGUUGACAUCAUUGUGUCUCCCCAUGGGGGUUUAACUGUUUCCGCACAAGACCGUUUUCUGAUAAUGGCAGCAGAAAUGGAGCAGCCCUCUGGCACCGGCUCAGCAGAGUUGACACAGUUCUGGAAAGAAGUUCCCAAAAACAAAGUCAUGGAGCAUAGGUUAAGAUGCCAUAUUAUUGAAAGCAGUAAACCAACCACUCUAACAUUUAAAGAUGGUGCUUUUAGCGUGUCAAAUAAAACCAGUGAAGAUAUAUGUCUCCAGCUCAAUCGGUUACUAGAAAGCAAUAGGAAGCUUCAAGACCAAGUCCAGCGUUGUCUCUGGUUCCAGCAGCUGCUGCUUUCCCUAACGAUCCUCUCGCUUGCUUUUGUCAUCUCUUUCUUCUACUUGCUGUACAGUUAGGAAAGUGGUGCCCUGGCAGGCAGCAUGCCUCAGUCCUUCACUAGUUGGAACAAGUAACAGACUCAAACCUCUCCACCAGACUAGAUAGUACUAGAGGUACUUUCUGGAAGGAAAUGUGCAACAUUUGGGGAGAAGGGGAUAGAUAUGUGUCUUAAAAUAAAGUGUUAGAAUAA